AUGCGCUCAUUAUUUCUGCUCGUGGUCGCCAGCCUUGCCGCUGCCGAGACGGGCAUCAACGCCUGGCUGCGCUAUGCACCCGUUUCGACUCCCAAGUUUAGUCAGAGUCUACCUUCAAAUAUUAUUGCUCUGAAUGCCACAGCAAAUGGACCGGUGCAUAUUGCUGCCGUGGAGCUGCAGAAAGGCCUUGCAGGCAUCCUGGAUCAUAAUCUCACGGUCAUCUAUCCAGUCAGUUACCAGCCCGGCAACACCACGUCAUCAAUCCUCGUCGGUACUGUAGCAGAAUACGCAAAUACCUUUGGUGGCGCUCCACAUAUCCCCAGACUCGUGGACGACGGUUUCUGGCUCAAUACAACAGGCUCGGCGAUUCAAAUCCUUGGCCACAAUGAACGAGGUGCUCUCUAUGGUGCAUUCCAAUAUCUUUUAAUGCUUGCACAAGGCAACUUCUCCAAUGUUGCCUACGCUUCUAACCCGGACGCCCCGAUUCGAUGGGUGAAUCAAUGGGACAAUUUGGAUGGGUCUAUCGAAAGAGGAUACGGUGGGCGUUCGAUUUUCUUCACAAAUGGCACGGUUGUCAACAAUCUGAAUCGAGUUUCAGAGUACGGGCGCCUCCUAGCUUCGAUAGGCAUCAACGGGAUCAUUGUAAACAAUGUCAAUGCCAAUGCGUCUCUCCUGAGUCCUGAGAAUGUGGAAGGGCUCGGAAGAAUCGCAGACACGUUCCGCCCAUACGGGGUGCAAGUUGGCAUCGCACUAAACUUUGCCUCCCCAACGGCUAACCUGACCUAUGGCAAUCUCAGCACAUUCGACCCACUAGAUCCGGAUGUCAUAACAUGGUGGACUAACGUUACUGAUACUCUCUACGAGCGCGUUCCUGAUAUGGCAGGAUACCUGGUCAAGGCCAACUCUGAAGGUCAGCCAGGACCAAUCACCUACAAUCGUACACUGGCUCAAGGGGCAAAUCUUUUCGCCAACGCUCUACAGCCUCACGGUGGAAUCCUCAUGUUUCGCGCCUUCGUCUACGACAGUGUCAAUCUGAAUGAAUCGGUAUGGAUAGAGGACCGGGCGAACGCUGCCGUCGACUUUUUCACUGGUCUCGAUGGCAAAUUUGCGGAGAAUGCCGUUGUGCAGAUCAAAUACGGACCGAUUGAUUUCCAAGUACGUGAGCCUGCUUCGCCUCUCUUUGCCUACCUGCGAAAUACGAGCACGGCGAUUGAGCUAGAGGUCACACAAGAGUAUUUAGGACAGCAAUGUCACUUGGUUUACCUGCCCCCACUAUGGAAGACAGUCCUGGAUUUCGAUAUGCGAGCGAACCAUACAAAAUCCCUCGUGCGCGAUAUAGUCGCCGGGAGGCGCUUUAACAGACCUCUCGGCGGCGCAGCCGCUGUCGUCAAUGUCGGAACCAAUGACACCUGGUUGGGAAGUCAUCUUUCCAUGUCAAAUUUGUAUGGUUAUGGGCGUUUAGCGUGGGAUUUUGCCAGUGAUCCAGAAGAUAUCUUGCAGGACUGGAUUCGGCUUACGUUUGGUUCUGAUCCAGCUGUCUUGGCUGCCAUCACUAACAUGUCCAUGUCGUCCUGGCCAGCGUACGAAAACUACACGGGCAAUCUCGGCAUUCAAACUCUGACCGACAUUCUAUAUACGCAUUUUGGACCUAAUCCCCAAUCUCAAGACAACAACCCUUGGGGUCAAUGGACGCGAGCAGACCACAAAACCAUUGGGAUGGAUCGCACGGUGUCCAAUGGGACAGGCUUUGCAGGACAAUACCCUGUGGAAGUUGCGGCCAUGUACGAGAAUAUCUCGACCACACCGGACAAUCUGCUUCUGUGGUUCCAUCAUGUUAAUUACACGCAACAGUUGCACUCUGGCGAGACCGUCAUCCAGCAUUUCUACAACGCGCAUUAUGCUGGUGCAGACACUGCGCAGACGUUUGUUACGCAAUGGGAAGGUCUAGAGGGCAAAGUCGACGAGGAGCGGUAUAACGAGACUCUCUUCCGUUUGACAUACCAAGCAGGUCACUCCAUUGUGUGGCGCGAUGCAAUCACCAACUUUUACCACAACAUCUCGGGCAUUGCGGACAGCCAGAACCGUGUCGGUAACCACCCGUGGCGUGUAGAGGCGGAGAGCAUGACUCUUCAAGGUUAUGAGCCGUAUACGGUAUCACCUUUCGAGGCGGCCUCGAAUGUUACCGCCAUUGUGACUUCGGCAAACGCCACAACUGGAACAGCAACAACGACGCUCAACUUCCCCAACGGCAUCUAUAACCUUGCCGUGAACUAUUACGACAUGAUGGGCGGCAAGUCGAAGUGGACAGUAUCUCUCAACAACCACCAGAUCGGUUCGUGGGUUGGUAACCUCGAAGACCGGCUAGGUCACGCUCCCAGCAUAUAUCUUGAUGGCCACUCUGCCGCAAGAAUCACAUUCCAUAAUGUUACGGUGGGGCGGGGAGAUAUGUUGAAGAUUGUAGGUGUGGCAGAUGGUAUUGAGCCUGCGCCGUUGGAUUAUAUCUCGGUCUUGCCAGCGGGAGUGAUCGAUUGA